GCCGUGAGCCCGUGGCGCUUGAGGAGGCCGCGCGAGUCGCUGAGAAUCUCGAAGAAUCUCCUCCUGCUCGCCGUGAACUCGGCGGGUGGCGCCGCCGCGCGCGCGCGCGGGAAAGCGGGGGGAGAGAGAGGAGGGAUGGCGUUCGGCGGCAGGAGGGGCUCGUCGCGGUGGGGCCUCCCGGUGGUGAGGUCGGAGGCGCUGGGAAAGCUGGGGCCCUCCCUCGGCAUCGGCGCCGGCUGCGGCGUCGGCGUCGGGUUCGGCCUCAUCGGCGGUGCCGGAAUUGGGGCCGGAUUCCCUGGUUUGCAGUUGGGAUUGGGAGCUGGUGCUGGGUGUGGGAUAGGAAUUGGUUUUGGAUAUGGUUUUGGAAAAGGAAUUGCAUAUGAUGAGAAUGGAAGAUAUUCAAACAUCAGGAGAUCACUCCAGAAUUCCAGAAACCUUCCUUACGAUGAACAGUUUGAUAUCCUAUUCGAUGAGAUGAUAGAGAGCACAAGGAAACUGAUCAAAGCGACAUCAAAGGAGAUUGAUAAAUGGAGGCGCAUCUAGAUUGUAGAGCAAACAGCACAUGAAGGAACAGCUCGGUAUCCACUAGCUUUGAGGCACUGCACGUGCCUGAGCUGAACUGAAGUGAACCCUUGCUUGCUUGAUGUUACAGCGAAUAUAUUUUUUUUUUCUUGAGGGAUUCAUGAGAUAUGCUGUCAAUAUUCUACGCUCUCUUGGAGCCCUAGAAGUGCUGGCAAUAUACCCGUGCUAACGCUACGGUAUCAUAAUAUUUAUAUCUAUGCAUCAUUUAGUUUUAUGUUA